AUGAGCCCGAAAGGAUACCUAUUCCGAGAUAAGUCGUCUAUUUACUCGAGACUCGAGGAGCACGUUGGCGGCCUCAGUGGAGUGGGUGCGGCUCGCGAGCGAGCGCGCGGCGUGGGCGGCGCGGGGCGGCGGGGGCGCGGGGGGCGGCGGGGGCGCGAGGGGCGCGGGGGCGCGCUGUCCGCGGGGCUGCUCGCCGCCACCGCGCUUGCCCUGGCCCUACUACCUCACGCAGCCCGCGGUGAUGUCGUCUUCCGGGUGCCAGAAGUGCUGGUUCGCCACACUGCCGCUCCCCGCGCCGUCGGAUCCGGCUUCCGAAACGCCUCUGCCGCCGGAGGAGGAGGAGGAGGAAGCGGGGGGGUCGCGGGGGGCGCGGGGGGGCAGCAGCAGCCGCUCUACGAGGAGUACUUCGUGGAGCACGACGUGUCCACCGCCGACGCGCGCGCCGCCGCCCGGAAACUAAACACUGACGGAAUGGUGGACUACAACGAGGGCGCGCCGCGUCUGCCGGGCGGCUGCGGGGCGUGCUCGCGGCGCGACCGGCAGUACUGCGAGACGCGGCUGCUGGCGGACCACUGCUGCUGCGAGCCGCGCUACGUGCCCGAGCCGCUGCCCUGGCUGCCGCACACGUGCUACGCGGGCCCGCGCCGCUGCACGCCGCUGGCCGGCGACUGCGAGCGGUACUCGCGCCUGCGGGACUGCUGCUGCUACAACGUGCUCGCCAAGCGAUGGAAGAACAUCCUGUCUCGCUCCCCGCAGGCAGUGGCGGGCGGCGCGUCGCUGCUGCUGGUCAGCAUCGUCAUGGUGCUGGUGCGCCUGUGACCCGCCGCCCCCCGCGCGCCGCGCGCCCCCCUGCUGCCUCUGGUGCCCGUGUAGCCACCCCCGCGCCCCGCUGCUGCCCCCCGCCCCCGUGUAGCCGCCCUCCACACCCCGCUAUUGCCCCUCAAGACGAUCAGAUCCUUACGAAACCAACACCCUUACUGCAAGGAUGUAAAGCAGAGGUUACGGUGCCAGCGUUCUGAUCAGUCCCUCAAUGAAGAACCAGCUUCCACGGGUAAAAUGUGUAGUUCUGGAGAUGGCAGCAAACCUUGAUCGCUACUGCAGCAUCACGACACGGGGAGCCUCGUGGAGCCUCGACCACGAGCGAGAGCAAACGCCAGCUCGCCUGCGAGCUAGCUGCUAUAUUGCUUCCCCAUUCAUUAUUUAAUUGUGACUGGCAAUUCCGGUAUUUCAAGUAUACCAUGCAUAAAAUAUUUUUUAAUGUCUUCGCUAAAGAAUACAACUAAGGAACUUGACUUAUAUUUUGUCGUAGGCUUUGACAGUUGACAUAAUACAAAUUAAUUUGUACCUAAUUGUUUCUGUAAUGCAAUCAAAUGCAUAUAAAAAAGAAGACUAACUAACUUCCACCAAAGAUAAAAUUUUCGAUCAACAUUAUUACUUCCAUUUUUAUACUAUACUAGUUUUAUUUAAGUAUAUGAAUUGUUCUAUACAUAUACUUUCAAUAUGGCAGGCAUAGUAGAGUAAAAAGGCUUUGUAAAAAUAUUAUAUUAUGUACAAGUAGGUAGGCCACCUACCUAAGGACAGGGUAAGAAUAAAGUGUUGGACUGAGAAAAGGUAGGGUACGCCAUUCGCCAAUGUUACCAAGUUAUCAUAGAAAGAAACAGAUUCCAGUUUACGUAAGUAUUAUUACCUAUUAUUGAUUGAUUUGACUUAUUAUUCACUCAUUCAUACAUGAGUGCUUUACAAUUAUGAAAUGAUGUUACAAAUAAUUUAAAAAUCAGUCAAUAAUUUAAUAAGAUACUUUACUUAUCAAGUUUAGGUGUUUUAAGAGUUUCAGUACAGAAACAUUCCGAAGAGGCUCUUCUAACAUUUUCUAUUUUCUAAAUGAUAUUUUAACAAUAUUUAAAAAAGAUUUCAACAUAAACUUUUUAUAAUCUCUACCAGUAAGUGGUUUAUCGAUGUCUGAGCCAUGUGAUGGCGAAUAUUUAUCUGUUCGUGGCCUAAAUGUGUAGUUUUAGAAGUAGGAUAGUGAAACUUUGUCGUUCAAAUAUUUUUAUUUAUUUUAUUAUUGAAUGUAUUACUAAUCUAUUUCAAUGAGUUGUGUAACUUUGUUGUAAUUAAGUAUCUAUAAGUUUAUUUAAUUAUUAUGUUGAAGUUACAGGUGCGUUAUGUUUAAAAGUUAUCUAAUUGGGUAUUUCAUUCACCAUCAUGAAAUGAGGGUUUAAAAAUUUAUUUAGAUUUUAUUUCGUGUAAGUUAAGUACCUGUGUAUUUGGUUUAUUUAUGAAACUAAAAUUAUAUUACAAAACGAUCGAUAAUUUUUCCACGGUCUGUAGAAAUAAUAAAUGUCUAUUUAUGUAAAUUGAUGUUACCUACUAAUACUUACAUAAAUAUGGUAAAAUAAAGAUUUUAUUACCAGUAAUACA